AGUGCGGGGACUUGGAGAAUGCAAGGAGGCUGUUCGAAGAAAUGCCCCAAAGAACUGCUGCAGUGCACACAUCAUUGAUCGGUGGGUAUGCAAACGCAGGAAAGAUGCAAGUUGCCAAAAUGUUGUUCGAUAAGUUACAUGACCGGGAUGUGUUCUCAUGGUCAGCAAUGAUAUCAGGCUAUGCGCAGAAUGGUUAUCCUGGAGAGGCUUUAAGGAUUUUUAAUGAGUUCCGUGAGAAAGACAUAUGCCCAGACGAGCUUGUUAUUGUUGCUCUGAUGACAGUGUGCUCUCAACUGGGUAACAUCAUGUUGGCAAAAUGGAUUGAAGGUUACAUCGCGACUUAUUCCAUAGAUAUGAACAAUGCCCAUGUGUUGGCAGGUCUCAUAAACAUGAAUGCAAAGUGUGGGAACAUGGAGAGGGCUGCUGUUUUAUUUGAGUCCAUGCCAGUUCGAGAUGUGUUCUCAUACUGUUCGAUGAUGCAAGGCCAUUGCCUCCAUGGUUCAGCUAACAAGGCUGUUGAGCUUUUCUCUAGGAUGCUCUUGGAGGGCCUCUCCCCAGAUAAUGCUGUUUUCACAGUUGUUUUGACAGCUUGCAAUCAUGCUGGCCUAGUAGAAGAAGGGAAAAAGUACUUUGCUAUGAUGAAGAAUGAGUACUUGAUUAUGCCAUCUGGCGAUCACUAUGCUUGCCUUGUCAGUCUUCUCGGGCGUUCUGGGAUGGUGAGAGAUGCAUAUGAGCUUAUUAAGUCAAUGCCAGGAAAACCUCAUCCGGGAGCAUGGGGUGCAUUGUUGCGCGGAUGCAUACUCCUAGGUGAUAUUGAGCUUGGAAAAGUUGCAGCAAAGAAGCUUUUUGAAAUUGAACCAGAUAAUGCUGGAAAUUAUGUUACCCUGUCAAACAUUUAUGCUAACAUUGACAGAUGGGCUGAUGUUUCUGAAGUUAGAGCUGAAAUGACUGGAAAAGGGUUAACAAAAAUAGCAGGCCGAACCGUUGUUCUACAGUAAGGCAUUUGUUGAGACUAUUGAUGUAUUUACUAUUUAUCUUGCCUGAGCUUUGCUGACCUUAUUGGAAUGUUGAGUAGAGUAGUAGACUUCUGCUGAAUGUGGAAAAAAGACAAUAUGUGUGCUUUGCAUUGUCAACUCAUGAUGAUUACGAAAUCAUCAGAAACCAAUGAUUUGCACCCAAGUUUGGAUGUUUAUGGUAGAAGGUUGCUGCUUUUUGACAUAGAAAACAUGUUAGUUUACAACCUGUGUUGGGUUAAUAAGAGUCAUCAAGCCGUCUGAGGUGAACUGUUCACUUCUGCAUAGUGCUUCUAGUUAUAUGCUGACAUUACCUCGUGUUAAGAACCAGAGGAUAAUGUGAUUUCUGGUGAGAUUUCAUCUACUGCUGCCAUUGCCGAUGAGAUGAUGCCAUGGAAUCUCGUGAACCUUGUUACUAUCCCUCCUUUGGGCUCAGUCUUCAGUGUUCCCAGCAUCUGUCAAAUGGGGAUCUCUUCACAAGUUUUGUGGACUAAAGCUUUUGAGGAUCAGUGCCUCAACUAUAUUUCCUUAAGGUACUCUGGAGGACAUGGGUACUAUUUCACAAUAUUGGCCCUUAUCAAGAUAAGAAGUGUAGAUAUUUGAUAUGGAAGUACUUUCAAGCAUCACCUUUGAGAGUUAUGUAGAGGACAAGGCACACGUCCAGUUGUUUUUUGCUUAGAUAGCAUGUGACACAUGCUUUUAAACUGAUCGGUAUGCGCAUGGGUGACCUACACACAAAAGCUUUUCUUCUCUUGAUUAAUGUGCAUGAAUUUGGUACUCCCUCCGUAAAGAAAUAUAAGAGCGUUUAGAUCACUACUCUAGUAACUCUAGUGAUCUAAACACUCUUAUAUUUCUUUACAGAGGGAGUAAUAUGCAUCUGUUGUUCCAAUUAUUCAUAAUGCUCGCAUGAGCUGCCAUGUUGUACUUCUGAAUAUAGGUCUUACCAAGGCGUAGUUAGAUGUGUUGAUAAAUAUUUAAAUGGUAUUGCAGUACAUUGCGGCUAUUGUAGCUAUGGGUAAUUUGAACAAGUUGUAAGAGGAUACCAUUCAUACAUUUAAUUGAUAAGAUGAAAUUAAGUAGCAAUAUGCCAAUAUAGGAUGGUCAAAUUCAAGUUUCGUUAUCACAGUUUUUGAAUUUUAAUCUAAUAUAAUUUGUUAUGCGUGUCCAUGUUUAGGUCCAUUACUACAUUCAUGGCUGAUAGCAAAGUGCCAAACCAUAGGUGCCAAACAAGUACUCCCUCCGUAAAGAAAUAUAAGAGCGUUUAGUGAUCUAAACGCUCUUAUAUUUCUUUACAGAGGGAGUAGUUGCUAAAGUAAACAACUGAGUGAUAUAUUGCCAUGUUCAGGGUUGAACCUGCAAGGUCCUGUAGUCACAGCGGGGUUCAGUCAUGUUUCAACAUUUCUGCCACACCUGCACUCCCCUUUCUCAUAAUGUUAUCAGACAGAAGUGACACAGAUACCAAUGUUUGCACGUUUCAGGUCUAAAGGAGGGUUUUGGAACUGUGUUUGCAUUAGUGGCUUGAGACUUGAGACUUUAAAAGGGACAACUGUUAGUUAAGUUGAUGUCAGGCUCACAGAAUUGUACUGUAUACACCUGGAGAGCUUAAUUGUAUCUUAUCACUUGACAGAAUCCAGAAGCCAUGCUUUGGUCACUAAACUCGAAUUUCAAGCAGUUUCCCACAUCUCAAUUGAUGUUUACUUUGAGCUAGAUGAAAUGUGCUUUCGGAUGCUUGCAUUUGGAAAUCUUACUGUAGCUGGUUGUAGAAGCAGUAGUGUUAGAAACAUGUCUGGCACCUAUUAAUUUUGUGCUCCUCACCCUAGUCUUAAAAAAGUGACUUUUUCCUGCA